AUGGAGGUUCCCCAAGGACUAUUUGGCGAGAGAGGAUGGAUCGCAGAAUAUUAUGACGAGAGAGACUUCUGCUAUGAGCCUGCACCAGGGAUCGAGGCAGAUCCUCAGGCAAAUCUUCGUGACAGCGACAAAUAUCGCGCUUAUUGGGGGAAAAUAUACAACCAAGGUUCUGCCCUUAACUCCUGUGUCGCUAAUGCAGCAGCAGCUCUUUUUACAUAUGAGCUGAACAAGGAGUUGGCAAUGUCGAAGAGGCAGACUCCCCCAGCCAUAGAUCCUUCUCGAAGUUUCAUCUGGUACAAUGCCCGCAAAGUCGAGAAACCAGCCAAAUUUGACAACGCUACCUGCCAUACGAGAAGUGCGAUGAAAGCUUUGCAGAAGGACGGGGUAUGCAAAGAAACCCUCUGCCCGUAUCCACAAAACCCAGAUAAAACAGAUGCUGUUGAAAUAACCAGCAAGGAACCGUCAGAAGACGCCAAGUCUGCUGCGAAAGCCUAUCAAAUUGCGUGGUACGGACGACUUGACAAGAAACGCUCCCCCAAAGAAAGGCACGCUUUGGAAGAAUUGGCCAACCGCUCAGCCGAUGAAGCUACGAAAGAAAAGAACAGGGAUGGAGAGCUUUUGAAGGAGAAGCUCUGCAAGGCCAUCACUGAGGGCUAUCCCGUGCUAUUUGGAAUUCAUUAUUAUUCCAAGGACGCUUACAAACAGUUCGAGAAGAGGGAGUCCGGCAAAUGGUUGCUGACUAGGUUGGACGAAAGGCACAAAACCCCUCCACAUAAGUACCCGAGCCACGCAGUACUCGCCAUUGGGUAUGAUGAAGAGGGAGUGACAUGUCAAAGCUCAUAUGGAGAGGACUAUUUGGACAAUGGAACGUUCUUGGCGCCCUGGGCAUGGAUUACGGACUUUGAAGCAACAGAAGAUUUUUGGACAAUGAGGUUCUUCUAG